AUGGCGACACUGCCGCAGAGGCGAAGCCUGCCCCCGGCCUCUGUUGUCGGGUACUGCUUCCGUCGCUUUUUUGCCGAGCUGCAUCCGACUAUCCCUAUUCUGAGUCCCGAGUAUGUUGAGUUAGUGGCGGCCGAGGCGGCGUCGCUGGGAGGGGUCGAGGCUCAAUGUCUCAUCACGGCUGUCUGUGCGGUUGUCUUGAUACAAGUCGAGGAGCCGAGCCAGCACAUGUUCGAAGCGGACGGGAUCCCACACUCCAACAGGAAGCUUGGGGAGCUCCUUUUCGAGGACGCGAUGAUGGCUCGCAACCAUAUGUCUUCGGGAUUCAACCCUAGUCUGGAGCGGGUUCUCGCAACCUUCUUCCUUUAUGCCGGCCACGCGUCCCUCUUCCACCACAGCCAGGGGUUUUACUUCCUUCGAGAAGCUGCCACGAUGUGGCUUGUGUUGCGCAUCAACGAGGCUGAUACCCUCAGGCGGAAUCUGGCCGACAGGCUUUUUUGGGUAAUCUUGGUGUCGGAGCGCUCGCACGGAAUCCGAUAUCGUCGACCUGUCACGCUGCAGGUCACCUCGUCGGGGCCCGACCUUGACGGCGGUGUCGAGGCGGAUGCAACCAUAUCCGGCCUGAAACGGUUGGUUGCUUUAUUCCGGCCGCUGGAUACGGUCUUUUUUGCCCUGCUCAACCAAGAAGAUACUGUGUUCUUGCCGGGACUCCUACCCCCGCUAGAGGCCGUCCAGGUCGCUAUCCGCGGCGCCCUCGAACCGCGGCACGCGUACGUGCUUUGUGAAACGCAGCUCGCCAACCUCAAAGUAACUCAGCUCUGGUUGUUAGUUACCUUGUGGCAACUGCGUCUGCGUCUCGGGCUGUUGGUAGAGGGGCCUGGGGUGUCGGGCCACCUGACGUUCCGCUAUCCGGUCGAGGUGGGCGAGGAGUUGGCUGGCGUCAUCCGGGCCAUGUCGCUCGGGAGCAUUAGGAUACACGGUGUCGGUAUCAACGAGAAAAUUUUCGAUGUUGCCUGCGCGAUGAUAGAUGUACUUUCUCGGGUGCCGGCAACGGACAAGAGUGGGACGGGGUUGGAGAACAUUGGGUACUUCAGAGGGCUUAUUCGUGAACUCCCCGGGGGAGUCUCGACGUACGGUGCGCUCCUAGACAAGCACAUCAGUAACACACUCCCAACUCUACUAGAAAGCCCUGGGAUAGCGGGGUAA